GAUGGCGCUGUACAGUGACGCGAGCCGACCCCCAAGCUGCCUUGCUCUGGGAACUUUGCUUCGAGCUCCAUACAUUUUCUUCUGGCUCUCUACAGUCUGCAGUUUGGUUGUGCACCAGUUCAAAAAAUAUUUCAAAAUUUUUGCCAUCAGGAAAAAAAAUAAAAUGACGGACAAGCCCAAGCGUCCUAUGUCAGCUUACAUGCUGUGGCUCAACAGUGCCAGAGAACAGAUAAAGUCCGAAAACCCCGGACUUAAAGUCACCGAAAUCGCCAAAAAAGGUGGUGAAAUAUGGCGGGGGAUGAAGGACAAGAGUGUGUGGGAAGAGAAGGCGGCAAAAGCAAAGGAGCAGUACACAAAGGACCUAGAGUCAUAUAAUGCGAACGGCGGCGGCGGUGAGGGUGGAGGCAAGAAGGCGCAGAAGCGAGGAAAGAAGGCCGGCAAAAAGGCGGCAGCACCCAAAACAAAGAAGAAGAAGGAGGAGUCCGAGGAGGAGGAUGGUGAUGACGAUGAUGAGGAGGAAGAGGAAAGCGAAUGAUCUCCCUGCCGCUAAGACUUGUUCAUAAUGAGUAAUUUACUUGGACUUAAUUUAUUACAAAGUAAAACUGGACUGAUUUUCCAAAAUCUGUGUUAACACUGAUUUGGAUUAUGCACAUGCAUUUGUAUUUGUCUGGAUUAUAAAUUGGGAAACAAGUAUGAAUUGUCUUGUAUCCUGCUAUGUUCAUAUGAAUUGAAAAACAUUGUGUUAUAAUUUCUAAUUGACAUUCUAUCUUGACUUUAGAUUAAUUUUAAUUAAAGUGCAUUGUAAUGCAGAGUUUGGAAAAUGUCCAAUGGCUAAGGCAAAUUUAGGUCUAAGCCUCACAAAAAAAAUAAUGUUAAGUGUUAGCAUGUAUACACUGGGGAAUUUGUACAGUUAGCCCUCCCUCGUUAAGUUCGCUGUGACUGGACACCUUUACUUGUACCUCAACUGGUUUUACCCAAACUGACUUGUAAUACUGACUGUAGCUGUGCUUCAAUAUUAUGCCAUAACUCAGUGUUAAUGUAAAUCUUUAUUAUAAGUAUACAUGGACAAGUGGUUUUUGGUCAGAUCUUACACAGAAAAGUAAAUUUAGAGACUUAUUUCAUGGAAGGAUGUGACAGCUUAUUGUUAAUUAAAACCUACCUCUUCUCAUUGUAAAUUUCAAUGCUGAUAAUGGUACCAAACUUAAGCUAAGAACAGAAAGCAUGGGGCAAGCCUCCAUGCCGAGCAAUUUAAAUAAUUUAGGAAAUUGAUGUGUAUGUUGUAAUUUUAGUUAGUUAAUAGGUAGGUUUUCGAUGUGAUUUGUCUCUCAAAUUUUACAUUUGUGUUAUUUUGUAAAUGAGAAUUAGCAUUCCUCAUGUCAAUACGGAUUUUACAUGUUCAAUAAAGUAAUUUCAUAUAAAAUACUUCUAUUUUUC